AUGGCUCCGCCUCUCGAGAUCUCGAUACCUUCUACCAUCCUGUCCAACGACCCAGAUAACAAACCAUACACACUCUACAACAUAACCCUUCGUCUCCCUCUCCGCACCUUCGUCGUCCAGAAACGGUAUAAUGACUUUGUCGCUCUACACAACUCUCUCACUGCCCUCGUCACCGCCCCUCCUCCCGCACCAUUACCCAAGAAAUCCUGGUUUAAAUCCACCAUCUCUUCACCCGAACUCACAGAAUCCCGACGUCAAGGCCUCGAAGCCUACUUGAGAGCCAUAGCCGAAGGACCCGACCGCAGAUGGCGCGAUACCUCACUCUGGCGAACUUUCCUCAAUCUUCCUUCCAGUAGUGGGAGCGGAAGUAGCGCGCGAGGAGAGCUGGUAGCUGCGCGACAGCGAGGUCUAGGCAAGGAUGGCGGACAGACGGCGAGUGAUCCACAUAUCUGGUUGGAUUUACAUCGGGAGAUGAAGAGCCUUUUGCAGGAUAGUAGGAAGUGGUUAGGGGCCCGGGAUCAGGCGACGAAUGCGCAAAGUCAACAUGAGGCGGCGGCUAAUGCUAAGAGGUGUUUGGUGAAAGCUAAAGGCUUGCUAUCUAAUCUGGAGGAUGGACUUAAGAUUAUGGGGGAGCAGGAGAGGAGGGGGGAGAGUGGAAAGGUGGGGGGUGGGGAGCUGAGACGGCGGGGGGAUCUGCUGAGGAGUUCGAGGAAUGAAUUGGAAGGCCUGGAACAGUUGGCUGUUAAGCUUGCUGUUAAGAACAAUAGCUCUGCGAAUGCGAAUUCUUCGGUUGCAGCCAGUGCGCAGGACAAGAGUCAGCUUUUUGGUCCCGGGGUGAGUAGGCCGACGGGAAGAGUGCUGGGUGUUCCUGUACCGGAAACGGCGAAGACGAGGGAGCUGGAUAAUGAACAAGUUCUACAAUUGCAAAGGGAGAUGAUGAGGGAUCAGGAUGUGGAUGUGGAGGAAUUGGCCAAGAUUGUGAGGAGGCAGAGGGAAAUGGGGGUCCAGAUUCACGAGGAAUUGGAGUAUCAUAAUACUCUCCUCCAAACGCAAGAUGCUCAUGUUGAUCGGGUCAAGGGUAAGAUUGACGUUGCGAAGAAGAGAGCCAAGAAAAUAUCUUGA